ACCAACAGCAGGUGCUCCUUCUUCUUCCUCCAUCCAAUCAAGAAACAUUUUUCAUAAUGGCACACAGACUAGGCGGUCGUAGAAAGAACGUGAAAAAGGGAUUCCAAUUCACCUUCAUGGUAGUUGGUGCCUCGGGAACUGGCCGAACCACCUUUGUCAAUACUCUCUGUGAUUCUGGUGUUCUUCCCAAAAAGAUCUCUGAUAACCCUGAGGAAGCCCACAACGAAGCAGGCAUUAAGAUUAAGCCUGUCUCUGUUGAACUCGACGAAGAUGGUGUCAGAAUCUCUUUGACCAUUGUUGAUACUCCUGGAUUUGGUGAUAACAUAGACAAUGAGAAAUGCUUCCAGGAAAUUGUUGGUUAUUUGGAAAGCCAAUACGACGAUAUUCUCGCCGAAGAAAACAGAAUCAAGCGUAACCCACGAUUCCGUGACAACCGUGUGCAUGCAUUGCUUUAUUUCAUUGCACCCACCGGCCAUGCUCUCCGAGAGAUUGACAUCGAGUUGAUGCGUCGCCUCAGCCCUCGCGUUAACGUUAUUCCCGUCAUUGGCCGCGCUGAUUCACUCACCCCACAAGAAUUGCGCGACUUCAAGCGACGUAUCAUGGAGGAUAUUGAGCACUACAAUAUUCCCAUUUACAACUUCCCUUACGAUCCUGAGGAAGAUGAUGAGGAUACCGUCGAGGAGAACAGCGAAUUGAGGACACUUCUUCCUUUCGCUAUCAUUGGUAGCGACGAAGAAAUUGUUGUUAAUGGACGUACAGUUCGCGGUCGUCAAUACCCAUGGGGUGCCGUCGAAGUUGACAAUCCCAAGCACUCUGAUUUCGCUCGCUUGAGAUCUGCACUCCUGAGUUCCCAUCUCCAGGACCUUAAGGAAAUUACUCACGACUUCUUGUACGAGAACUACCGUACCGAGAAGCUCAGCCGCACAAUCAAUGGUGGUGACCAAGAUGGUGCUGCUCUUGAUGCUGACGAGAUGGCAAGUCAAAGCGUCCGAUUGAAGGAGGAACAGCUCAGGAGAGAAGAGGAGAAGCUCCGUGAUAUCGAGCUCAAAGUGCAAAAGGAAAUUCAGGAGAAGAGACAGGAACUUCUGGCGAAGGAGGAAGCUCUACGCAGUCUCGAAGCCAGACUUGCAGCUGCACAACUGCAAGAUGCAGCCUAGAUUUUUUCUCCCUAUCCACCUCUUUUUUUUUACGUCUUUUUCUGCCUGCUCAUCUUCACGUCCAAUGCAACCAAAAAAGGAUUUCCCACUUUUACCAUGUUUCUACUCUUGUGAACUGCGCGACAC